CAAGGACUCGGAUAUCAUAGAUGUCGGGUUCUUCCUGGAGCCGAACGUCUACCUGAACGGCGUGGACGAAGACAUCAUGGAUUUACUCAUCCACAAGGUCAAGGCCUAUGUCCCCCACUUAGUGGUGAGCACUUCGUCGCAGAGUCUCAAUCGCAGAGUUUUAAAUUUAGAAACAUUCCGAUUUUGCACUUGUUUAAUUUUAUAGGGUCUUUUAAUCCUUUAAAAUUUAAUUAAUUAUUUUUUUUUAUAGAUUUUUAGAAUACAUAAUUCAGUUAUGAAAAAAAUGAAUCAUUUAAAAUUUCGGUUGUAUGCUUGUAGACAGAAUGCUAUUUACUUUUAAAAAAAAAAUCUGGGUAAAGAUUUUAACUACCGGAGAAUUCCGUAAAUAGGCCCAUGGGCUUAUAUUAUUAGGUUAAAAAAUUAUUUAAUUACAUUUCAAUCUAUGGGUAAUCUGAUUCAGAUGAAGAAAAACAAUCUUUCAAAAAUGAUCCUUUCUCUUUACUUACGACUGAUCUUUAGUACACAAUUAAAUAACGUUUAAAAUUUUUCAUAACAUAUUUUCAACUUAGAAAAGAUUUUGGCUGAAAAACAGAACAAAAAAAUAUACAAAGCAAUCACAUGCGAGCGUCUCAGGUAAUAAGUAGUUUAACUGAUUUGUAUUUUCCAUAUAAACGCCCAUGGACCUUUAUGUGGUACAAAAAAAUCUCAAUCAUGUAACAUCAAUUUUCCGUUUUGAAGCCCAGGGCUUAUUUACAGAAAUCUCCGGUACAUCGUAUUGAAAGAUAAUUUUUUUAAAAUAAAAAGACCACAUCUUACAAUUAAGAGGUUUUUAGUCCAACCCUCGGUGUUCAAUACUAGGCAAUCUUUGUAUGGGUCACUGUUGCUAUCAAUAAAUCUUCCGGCUUGUCCGGUACAGACGUAUCUAGAAAACUGAUGGGAUUUGUUACUGAAAGGAUGCCGUAGUCUUUAUACAUGUUUAAUACAUCUCUCGUGGUUUUUGUCAUUGGUCCGACCAACACAGGUGCGUCACUGUAUCUGUACCUAUUUGGUGGGGGGGGGGUUGGGGGUGUCAUCUAACACAAUUAACAAAAUUGCAGUGUAGAAUCUCAGCGGUGUCUGUAUUGCUCUCCGUUUGUACAGGGCUGUGAUAUCGUCAAGAAGUGGGCGGCCAGGACACCCUUAAGGGAGCCACCUAUGGUGGAGAUGGAGAUGAUGCGAUGCGGUGGCGGCCCCGUUCUGCCUGUAAGUGAAUGGGGGGGGGGACUCCACACAUUCGGUGUUAGGGUGGCGGCUGUGUGGGUGGGUGGGGUGGGUGGGCGUGGUGGGUGUGUGUGUCGUGGGUCUGCGCGUGGUGGGUGUGUGUGUCGUGGGUCUGCGCGUGGUGGGUGUGUGUGUCGUGGGUCUGCGCGCGGUGGGUGUGUGUGUGGUAGGUGUGUGUGUGUGGUUGGGGUGUGUGGUAGGGGUGUGUGUGUGGUAGGGGUGUGUGUGUGUGGUAGGGGUGUGUGUGUGGGGUAGGGGUGUGUGGUCGGGGUGUGUGUCGUGGGUCUGCGCGUGGUGGGUGUGUGUGGGGGAGGUGUGUGUGUGUGGUAGGGGUGUGUGUGUGUGUGGUAGGUGUGUGGUAGGUGUGUGUGUGGUAGGGGUGUGUGGUAGGGGUGUGUGUCGUGGGACUGCGCAUGGUGAGUGUGUGUGUGGUAGGUGUGUGGUAGUGUGUGUGUGUGUGGUUGGGGUGUGUGGUAGGGGUGUGUGUCGUGGUGGUGUGGGAAUGUGUGUGGUGGAAGUGUGUGUGGUAGGUGUGUGUGUGUGGUAGGGGUGUGUGUGUGGUAGGGGUGUGUGUCGUGGUGGUGUGGGAAUGUGUGUGGUGGAAGUGUGUGUGGUAGGUGUGUGUGUGUGGUAGGGGUGUGGUUUAGGGGUGUGUGUCGUGGUGGUGUGGGAAUGGGUGUUGUGGAAGUGUGUGUGGUGGGUUUGCGAUGAAUGGUAUUUGAGAACAUUGCUGCAUGGCUGUUGGGUUAAAGAUUGAACAUUAUUUCCAGAAAACUGUGGUUUCUGAGAAACUUAUUCCUAUCGCCACUUUUUGAGUUUUAUAUCUUAUUUCAUACUGACCCUGAUCUAAAAUAACGUCAUCAACCUAUGACUACAAUGACGUCACUUAAAGUACUCCAGUACUUAAAACUGCAGGGUAUUUUACGCCAGUGACACUAACAAAAAAAAAAUAAAUUAACGCUUAAUCCCCUUGCCCCCCCCCCAACCCCGAUCCCUGAUUACUACAGACGGCCGUGGGCUCAUAAAAGGGGCCACCAUUACACGUUUCGACCCGACUUCCUUUUUUUUUUUUGGGCGUUUUUCAUAAACGUGGAUUAUCAAACCGUUAAUCCAAAGCAUUUCUCAGAAAAGACAAACACUAGUAUCGUGCAUCACAGAAAGAAGCUCUGACGGAGAAGUCUUGUGCAAUUCAUGCCAGGUUCACGGGCAAUUAUUAAUUUACAUGGUGACUCACAGCUUAUAAAUAAAAUUAAACAUUCCCUAAAAACACAGUUUUUUUCGUGUAAAACCUUUUAUAAAAAAUAAAAUGUAACAUUGAGCUAUUGGGGUUGGGAGCUGAAAAUUUUGAAAAAAAAAAAAAAAAAAAAACAACAACAACAGCAACACCAACAUGCACACAAGUAACAAAUUUUACAAUACUCUAAACUAGUGCCUCCCCCCCCCCCCCCCCAGGCCUGCAACCGCAUUUUUUUUUCACGCCCCUUAACUAUAUUAAUAGUGUUACGUUCCACAGUAAUAUAGUAGGGUCAACACGAUUAUGAACCGCAGAUUUACGCCACCAACUACGCCUUAAAAGCAAAAGAAAAUAUUACGCACCGAGCGCACUUGCGAUAUUUUUAAAUAGCAUCUCAUUUUGGCGCAGUUAUCGGAAAUUUUAUUUGGUUAAAUAAAUGUUGUCAUACUUCCUUCCUCGUCUCCGUGAAAAACAGUAAAAAAAAACUCAUUUUGGGCUGAAGUUUGGAGGGAUGGGAGUUAAAAAUUUGACAGAAUGCGUUGUCAUCGGCAAUGAGUCUAUGUGGCAAAGUUUCAGCUCGAUAGGUUGACGGGAAGUGGGUGAAUUAGCCGUCCAACUAUUUUGCCAGCCACAAAGAAAAGCGAGGUUAAAAUAAUAUAAAUGUUUUAAAAAAAAUAACUACACUGGUAUUGCAGUGAUAAAACACUUGCGUUCACCAAUGUUUUGGAGUUCAAAGCUUUUGGAUUGGAGUUCAAAGGUUUUGGAGGUCAUAGGCUAUGGACUUCAAGGGUUUCGGCAUUCAAAGAGUUUGUAGUUCAAAGGUCACGGAGUUCAAGGACUAGAUAAGAUUUCUUUUAAAUAUUUUCUACGUUUGACAUCAAAUCUACCAUUCAUAUUUUUGUUUUUUUUUGUUAAUGAUUACAUCCUGUGAUGUCCAUGUAAACUGAAACAGAAAACACACUUCUCCCCCCCCCCCCCCCCCCCGAUCAUUUUUACAAACUUUAUAGCUAAAGGAUGACUUGUCUGCACGUGUCUCUUACCACAGGUGGUUCACAACAUCGGCCUGGGGGCCGGCACUGUCAGCUUGGCCUGGGGCGCGGGGUCCCAGGCGGCCCACCUGGUCCAGGACAUCGCCAGACUCAUCAAGCCGUUUGCUCGUGUGUGGAGACCUUUUCUGACGCUGGGUUGACUCUCUGUGACGCGUCGGUCGGGGAGGCUAACAAAGUACUCCGACGUCCCGGUGACGCAGGGCUCCUACAGCGUUACCGCAUUAUGAGCGUCGCAACAUUCUGGACAAUGUGUUUUAUAUUUCUAAAUGUGCCUCAGCCACACCAAACAUCUCGUAACAUUGACAUGUUUGUGUUUACAAUAUGAUCUCAGGUGUUCCUGAUAGCACCGACAAAUUCAUCCCCAAUGUAAUACCAUCACAAACUUGGUAAUAAAAUCAGAAACCUUGUACUGACAUCACAAACCUUGUAAUAACAUCAAAAACCUUGUCAUGACAUCACAAACCUUUGUACUGACGUCAAAAACCUUGAAAUAACAUCACAAACCUUGUACUGACAUCACAAACCUUGUAAUAACAUCACAAACCUUGUACUGACAUAAAAAACCUUGAAAUAACAUCACAGACCUUGUACGGUCAUUACAAACCUUGUAAUAACAUCAAAAACCUUGUAAUGACAUCGCAAACCUUGUAAUGGCAUCAGGAACCUUAAAACAUAACACCACAAACCUUGCCAUAAACAUCACAAACCUUGUAAUAAUGACAGUUAUCAUUUGGGCUGGUCAUGUUUUAGAAAACUUGACAUCACGCUUUUUGUGAGGG